AUAAGAAAAAAACGACUAGAAAAGAACAUCUAAUUGCGCUGCACGGCUUAAAACUGAGGGAAAUACGAUCACGAUAAAUUCCUACCUUUUAAUUUCCAGGUAUAAAGCCCGAUAACAAGGAGCAGGUACCGAGAGUGUACGGGUAGGAAGCCCCACCUGUCCACCCGCCCGUAAUCCCUUGUUAGCGAGGUACUGCGCGGGCGAGGGGGAAAAAUCAGUCAAAUCCAUGCUCCAGUGAAUGAGACUGAGAUUGAAAAAAAAAAAAAAAAAAGAGAGAAAACGGGAAAAAGACUGACUAAACCUCGACGUGGAAGUGCUUCGAAGGUAGAACUAAAAUAGAAACUGUGGCAAUGUAUUCAGGACAUCGUGAGAGUGAUUUUUGCAGCUAGUUGGCAGAGUAAUGGUGUCAGACGCUGUAAAAGUAUUCUGAUUGAUGGUAACUCUAUACAUUGGCUAUCAGAACGCCGAUACUUGCUGAGGGAUCGCGGCAACAUAUCAGCCACUUCACGGACACCUCGAAAAGCAGAAGUGUUGUGGUGAAGUGACCGAACUGCUGAAGUGAUGUGCAAUCAAGUGAGCGUAACAGUGAAGUGUAGCGGGGCAGACUACUGUGACCUAAAGUAGAUAGAUUGAGAGAGAGAAAGGGAAAAAGAGAAGGGAAGUGAAGAGAAAAGUGUUUGUAACGUGCAAUAAAAUAGAAAUCCGCGGUCCACACGAAAAGAAAAACAAUCUGCUCAGACCUUUAUAAUAAAAUUGAACGCAACAAAGGCACAAAAGAUCAUGAGCCUUACAUAAAACAAAUAAUGGAGGAGCAAAAUUAAUAUAAAGUAAAAAAAUAAAACACUGCGAUAUAUAUAAAAUGAAAAGGCACAGAAAACACACACGCGGAAACAGAAAAAAUAAUUAAACGAGAGAUGUAACAACGGCCGGCAGGUGUUAGACAGGUGAGGAAAAAAACUCCUGCCAAAUAAGAUGAAAACACAGAACAUACGUGUGUGAAUAAAGAAAAUUAAAAGAGGUGGGAACACGACGCUGGCCAAAUAAAAAAAAAUAAAACACACAAAAAAAUGAAAACACACAGAAUAUACUUGUAUGAAUAGAGAGAAUUAAAACACGAUGCUGGAGCGGUAUUAGCCACGGGGGAAAAAAGUGCAAUAUACGUAUAAAUGAAAAUACACAGCAAAUACUUUUAUGAAGGUAAAUUUAAACAUGUGAGAGUGCACAGCUGGACAGGUAUAAGCUAAGUGGAAAAAAAACUCCUACAAUAUAAAAAUGAAAAUGCACAGAAGUUAAUUGCGUGAAGAGUAAACUGAAUAGGUGAGGACGGAAUGUUGGACAGGUGUUAACCAGGUGAGAAAAAAAAUCCUACAAUAUAAAAAUGAAAUUACACAGAAAAUACUUGCAUGAAUAAAGAAAAUUGAAUAAAUGAGUGUAAUACUGGACAGGUGUUAGCGGAAAGGUGAGCAGGAUGAGGGAUAACAGUGCCACGGCGCCCCCUCAUCACCACCACCACCAUCAGGCAGAGGAGGUGUGGGUGCCCCGCUGACUAGGCGGCAUGAACGGCACCUUUCCUCCCUCCACCUUCAACAACUCCUCCUCCACAUCGCCCUCUCCUGCCCCAUCCUCACCGUCCCUCAACCAUGCCUCCCCCUCCUCCCCGGCCUACCCCCAAUACGAGGACUUCUACGAGUACGACUACAACUUCAACUUCACGGACGAGCAGUGGGGGGUCGUACGGCAGCUCAACCUCUACUACGUGCCUCUGCUCAUCGUCGUGGGCUUCGUGGGUAACCUGCUCUCGUGUGUCGUCUUCCUCAACACCCGGCUUCGCAUGAGGUCCUCGAGUUACUACCUGGCUGCCCUGGCGGUGGCGGACGUGACUUACCUGUUCAUUCUGUUCCUGGUGUGGCUGGACAUGCUCGGCUUCAACACCUUUAACGUCAAUGUCAUGUGUCAGCUCGAGAUCUACCUUGGGUCUGUGUCGAGUUCCCUGAGUGUGUGGCUGACGGUGGCCUUCACGGUGGAGCGGUUCAUCGCGGUGCAGUACCCCCUCCAGCGGCCCACCGUCUGCACCGUGCACCGCGCCAAGAACGUCAUCCUCACCCUGACCGGCUUCAGCGUCACCGUCCACCUCUACGUCUUCGUCACCGCCGGCGUUAUUGUCCACCUCGACGAUGGCGGUGUUGCCAUCACGGAGUGCAACCUUCGCAUGGACUACCGUGGGCUCAUGAACGUCAUCAACUGGAUCGACACGCUGCUGACGCUGGUGAUUCCCUUCAUCAUGAUCGUCGUUAUGAACACUCUCAUCGCGCGGCAGCUCAUAAGGUUUUCGAAGAGGUAUCGCAACAGAGAUGACAUCUUCCACCUACAGGAGGUCAACGGAGGUCAAGCCAACGGACAUAAGUCCGGGGGCACCAGCAGUCACAGCCAAAGCGGGCGGGGGGGAGCUGGGCCCUGCCAUAGCGCGUCCUCCGGGGCGGGGCGCGGUGCAGCCGGCAGACCACCGCCCCCCUCCUCGUCCUCUUCCACCACCAAGAACAACAACAACCUCAAGAUGGCGACCCCCUUCGCCUCCUCCGCCGCCACAGUCCUGUCGUACACCAGUAAGAACCCUCGCAGCAUCCUGUCCACUCGCACUCAGUACUCGAUCACCAAGAUGCUGCUUCUCAUCUCCACCGUGUUCAUCAUCCUCAACUUGCCCAGCCACGUGAUCCGGGUGCACGCCUUCCUCAGCAGCCUGUGGGGCAGCGAGCAGGAGGCGGACGAGGUCACCAUGUGGAACCUGCAGCAGCUCUUCAUGCAGCUGCAGUACACCCACUUCAGCAUCAACUUUGUUUUCUACUCUACCUGCGGCGCCACCUUCAGGAAGUGUCUCUUCCAGCUGCUGCCCACACGGCUUCGCACCUGCUGCCGCAGGAGUCCCAACUCUCAGCGGUACCAGUAGGCAUGGUAGGCAGGGACGCGCGGGCCCUGCGUGGCGUGUGCUGCUGUGUUUCCCUCCAGGUGCUGGUCAACACCUGGGGCAAGUCUUUGUUUGGUUGUGACUCCUGCUCAGUCGCUGGGACGAGGCGGAUCAACUGACAUCCGCCCCCGCGGUAACUAGCUGUGCUGGGGAGCAAGGCGGAGGGCGGCGAGGACCCGCGACUACAGCUCCCGCACGGCAAAUAGUCAAAAGUCGUGGGGUGAACAAUGCUGCAGGCGGCGGGGAACCUCAAGGGACCACCGCACGGCAAGGAUCCAAAACUGUGGCGAUGACCGAAGCGGCGGCGGGAGGGAGCCUCAGGUGCCCUGAUGCCUCCAGGCUGCCGAAAGGCCGCCAUUAUCUUCCUACAGACGUUUUCUGCGUCAAUGCCUCGCUUCAACCCGUACCUUCCCGAGGCCUGCUAUCAACUCCCUCCAUACGGCCACGAUCCAUUCUACCCUCGUCCCCUCAGUGGCAAUGUUCGGACCUUCGCGUCUUUGCCUACACACCUCUCUGGUCCCCUGACACUUAAGAGUAAAAGUGGAGGGCGCGGAUGGUGACUGAGCCAUUUCCAGGGAACACAAUGAUGCGCCCCGGUUCCUGUUUCUAUUCAGGGCGCGGGGAAUAAAACAGAAACCCACUUAACACUUUGGAAAGGGGUUCUUCCUAACAGACGCGAGGACGAAGGAAGUGAAGGGUGCGAUAUCGCAAUAUCCAACUCAUAGUAGGAAGAAGGGAUAAGUGGACGGGAGUGCCAGGCGGGAAGGAUGAAACAAAGAGGCAGUGGUGUAAGCGGGCAGUGGAGGAGGUGGUGAUGUGAUGGUAGUGAAAGGUCGGUGAAGAUGAGAAACCAACCACUCGGCCCAUCAUGACGCUCGUGUUUAAUGGGAUUAUACGCCGUGACUGGCUGAUUACUGGCCAGGAGCAAAGAGAAUGAGGAGGCGAGGCGCUUUCCAGGUACAAAAAAAAGAGUGAAGCACAUGAUGGAAACGAACCACGCUAAUGAGAGAGAGAGAGAGAGAGAGAGAGAGAGAGAGAGAGAGAGAGAGAGAGAGAGAGAGAGAGAGAGAGAGAGAGAGAGAGAGAGAGAGAGAGAGAAGCAACAAGCGAGCAACUAAUACCAGCUACCUUCGGAGCCGCAAUUCACAAUCCGGGAACGUGUCCAGUGAACGGAAAAUCAUGAUCGGAUGGGAGGUCAACGGUUGGCUGGGCGGCAUUGUUCGCCUGUGAGAAUGAGGACGAUUUUUUUUUUUUUUUCACCCACGAAGUUCUUCCCACAAAUCAAAACUAUCAUGUACGGUCGCUGGUAAGGGUAUCAAUCAUUUCUCCGGAUUUUAGACUCAUAAUUCACUUGGUUCCUUCCGCGUAGCCCGUCAAUCCUCUCCCAAACACACACACAUCCGGAUUUUAUUCAUUUAUUUGUUUUUUUUACAACAUAGGAGACAGCUCAAGGGCACAAGAAAAGGAAACAAUAAUAUUUUUUUUACAACAAAGGAGACAGCUCAAGGGCACAAAAAAAAGGAAACAAUAUUUUUUUUUCUUUUACAACAAAGGGAUUGCCCGUUUUGUUUUGUGUUCUCAUACCGUCAACAGAAGUGUGUUUUUUCUAUUUUCCUUACGUCAUCACCAAAACAUGUAAGCCAAAACAACAAAACAAUUAACCGAACAAAACCACUCACGAAAAAAUAAUUACCAGAGAAAUUUAACUAUUCACCAAAAAAACAACUUACCAAAACUUAAAAGAAACAAAGAAGGCAACCAACCAAAUAUUCAACAAGUACACUAAACGCAGAACAACAAUUCAAUAAACAAAAAAAAUGAAACAAACAAAACAUUCAACAAGAACACAAAACGUUAAAAAAAAGCCUUCAGUAAUAAACAUUUUCAUUUUCGCAUUACUCCCUUCCUGGGUCUGAUUCUCUCUCUCUCUCUCUCUCUCUCUCUCUCUCUCUCUCUCUCUCUCUCUCGUACCUUUCUUUACCUCUCGUUUAACAAUUUAUCCGAACUUCUUCUCUAAAUAUGUAAGAUGCAAACCAAACGAAUAUACAUAACAAAUUUCAAUAGUAAACAUUUUUCCGAUUCACAAUGCCCGCUUCCUGGA